AAAAAAAAUCAGAUUCACCGAUUCUCGAAGGGCCAAAUUUCAUGGUCGUCUUAUAGUCCAGGUUUAUUUAUUUCCGAGUAUACAAUAUUAAUCAUCUCGUCGCAAUUAUGGACGACGAAGAACCCACCCUACCUAAACUCCCCGCAGUGUCUUGGGAUUCUUACACCCAAACUUUCACUAAUACGCGAAAACGCGCUCGCGACCAAUCGCUCGCGCCACCAGUAUAUGCUAAUUCAAGCGACCCAGCUGUUUUCUCCAGCGAUGAUGAUCCUCAUGUGGAGAAUUAUACCCAGGGAAGACAUAGGAAAAAGCGCUAUGUCGGCUCCUGGUUUCAGCAGCACCUCGCGUCAUCUGAUUCGACGUUUUCCGAGGUUGCACGGCCUUUACCAAAAGCAAAAAGGACCUUCGAGCGACAAUUCGACAGUGGGGUUUGGAUGGGAAGCGAUGUCUCUGUGGAUACAGAUGACGAUACGGUUACGGAAAUGGAUUUGCCUGCCUUAUCUAAGCUACCGCAACUCAGACAUGUUCGGCCUGUCCCGGCCAUCUCCCCUAGUGAGGCAAUCGCUCGGCAAGUAAUACAGGACGCUAUAGAUGCCGGGAGCACGGCUAUAGACCUGUCCUCAUCCCAGAUCGAUAGUAUCUCUAAUGCAACUAUAUCGCAGCUUUCUAUGCUCGAUACUGUCCCCCCUAUAGCUGAAGAUUUUCCAUUUCAGCCUAAGGAACCAUCUAUUUCUCUUUACUUGUCCAACAACCCUCUUUCACGCGUUCCUGGUGCUAUCUUCAAUCUAGAGAAUUUGACUAUUCUCACUCUGCGAAAUACCAAUAUUACUGAGCUCCCGCCUAGUACUGGAAAACUUCGUAACCUUCAGACCCUAAAUAUAUCUCUUACACGUCUUCGGUCCUUGCCAGGGGAAUUACUGGAUCUGUUGAGGUUUCCUAGCAAACUUGAGAUUUUAAACAUACACCCGAACCCCUUUUACCAGCCAGACAAUUUCAAACCGGAUUGGGUUGACGACGAUUCUUGGAACGAAGUAAAGCACGGGCAGGCUGUGUUCUUUCAGAACGAGCUAGUGCGACCUAAUGGCAGAAGGGUACGUUUCUGGCUCGACAAGCAGCAUGAACCCUCCGUCCGACCCGAGGCGCCCGCUAUUAAAAGACUACAUGGUUCUUUGUGGGAGGUUAUUAUACUCGCACGGACACCAGUACAAUUUAGCGAUAGCCGAGGGGUCGUGGCCUCUGCGUAUAAACUGCCCGACUCAACAUCGACUACAAUGGAUAGUCCAAUACAUGAGAAUGUAGAGCAUCCAAACCAGGUCAUUCAAACCGAGGAUCUCCAUUUAUCUCCAGAGCUCCCGCGGCUCAGGCGAAACCAGUCCACUUCAAUCUGCGAUCAAAGCCGUGUGCCAUCGCUAUUUGAAUUAGCCCUCCAGUCUUGUUUAAGAUCCGGACAGCUGCGAGAAUUACCAUCAUACCUUCCAUCCAACGCGCCUCCGCAUCUCACGGAGUUGUUCAAUCGGCUUACCGAUCGAAGCGAGCAGAACGCUAAUUCUGGUGACUUACCUUGCUCAGUAUGCGGACGGCGAGUCGCAGUGCCCUUGACCGAAUGGAUCGAAUGGUGGGAAAUUUCUCGCCUUGAUAUCGAUGAGAAAACAAACGACAUCUCCACGGAUUUUGUAGGUUCGGGAGAUAAAGAGAGGGGAAUCCCCUUCUCGAUGAGGGGCUGCUCUUGGAAGUGUUUGCCCAAGGCGAUGAAGCCGGGACAACGACAUCGAGGGACUAUUAGAUGGGGUUUCGAUCCACAGGAAUAGUCUACUACGUGUACAAUUUAAAACCGGAUCGAACUAAACUGAUGGGGCGGAUUGCAUCGUCAAUAUGAAUUGAUCAGCAAAUCACCUCGCAUGCAAUAAUUCAUCUUGCGAAGCCUUGUUAAGGGACAUACCUAGCUCUAAGGGACAUAGCUCGUAUAACCCACGUAAACAGGCAAGUUUCGGGUGAGCAUCUAUGAUAGCUUCUGUAUUCCACACAAUAUUACAAUACCCACUUUCUUCGAA